UUACAUUUGAAAGGAUAUCAAGCAAGAGAUUUGAUAGAAUGGCAGCUCCUCAGGCCUCUUCGGGUUCGAGUUAUGAAGUGUUCUUGAGCUUUCAUGGCGAAGACGUUCGCACCAAUUUCGCUGACCAUCUCUACUAUGCCUUAGAUGGAGCUGGAAUUCGAACUUUUAGGGACGAGGAUGAACUACCCAAGGGAGACACCAUUGGCCCAAAGCUAAUCUCUGCAAUCCAAGAGUCAAAAAUCUCUAUUCCCAUCUUCUCGAUGAACUAUGCAUCGAGCAAAUGGUGUCUCAAUGAGCUAACCCAGAUAUCUGAAUGCAGACGAACAAUGGAACAGAGUGUUUUUCCCAUUUUCUACAAAGUUGAACCAAGGGAUGUACGAGACAGGAAAGAAAUAGAUGCGAAAGUCUCUGAUGAGGAAUACCAGAUGUGCUUCGACAAAUACCAGACAGGCUUCGACGAAAUCUAUGCAAAAGCCUUUGAGGAACACCAGAUGCGCUUGAAUACCGAAAAAGAAAAAGAAAUUGUGCAAAAGUGGAAAAAGGCUCUGAGAGAGGUUGGAGAAUUGAAUGGAUGGCAUCUGAAGGAGCGCAUGUAUGAAGGGAAGUUAGUAAAACAAGUUGCCAAAACAGUUCGGAGUACAUUGAACAAGAGACUGUCACAUGUUUCUGACAGGUUAGUUGGAAUAGAAUCUCAUAUAAAAGAAAUGUUGAUGCGAUUAGAUAUUGAAUCUAAUGACAGAAAGAUUGUGGGGAUCCAUGGCCUCGGUGGCAUUGGAAAGACAACAAUCGCUAGGGCUGUCUGCAAUACAAUCCUUAGUAAGUUUGAAGAAUAUACAUUUAUUGAAAACAUUCGAGAGAAUGCUGAAAAGUAUGGGAUUCACUAUCUGCAAAACCAACUUAUCACAGGUAUCCUUAAAAAGGGAAAUCCUAAGAUUGCUGAUGUGGAUACUGGAAUUAAAGUGAUCAAGCAAAGAUUCUGCACAAAAAAAGUUCUUAUUGUUCUUGAUGAUGUGGAUAAAGAUCAAGCAAAGUUUUUGGCUGGGGACCUUGAAUGGUUUGGUAUUGGAAGUAAGAUCAUUAUCACAAGUAGAAAUAAGAAUGUUUUAAUUGCUCAAAAAACAGAUUCGAUUUAUGAGGCGAAGGAAAUGGCUUUAGAUGAUUCUCUUAAAGUUUUUAGUCAUUAUGCGUUUGGAAGGGACCGUCCUCUAGAAGAUUAUAUGGGUCUCUCAGAAGCCAUGGUAAAAAUUACUGGAGGACUUCCCUUGGCUCUUCAGGUAAUAGGUUCAUCUUUAUUUAAGAAGGAAAAAUCAGUAUGGAAAGGCAUGUUAAAGAAGUUGCAAAAAGUUCCCAAUAAUGAUGUUAGGAAAAGCUUGAAAAUAAGUUACGAUGGAUUAGAAGAUGUGGAGCAACAAAUUUUUCUUGAUACUGCUUGUUUUUUCAUCGGAAUGAAAAAAGAUAUUGCAUGCCAUAUAUGGGAAGGGUGUGAUUUUUCUCCUCAAGUAGGACUUGAUGUUCUUUGUGCAAAGUCUUUGGUAACGAUAAGUGAAGAUGGUAAGUUAGGGAUGCAUGAUUUGCUUCGCGAUCUUGGAAGGGAUAUUGUUCGUCAAGAGAGCAUAAAAAAGCCAGGGGAGCGUAGUCGAAUAUGGUCUCAAGAGGAAGUCUUGGAUGUACUGAUUAAACAAACGGGAACAAGUAAUUGUGAAGGACUCACUAUUGACUUCAGAAAUAGAGCAAGGAGGCAAUGUUUGAUGAGUGAAGGAUUUGCUGCAAUGAUUGAACUAAGAUUACUCCAAGUUGAUCAUGCACAAUUUUCUCCAAACUUGACAAAUUCUUUUUCAGAACUGAGGUGGCUUAGUUGGAGAGGAUGCCCUGACCAAUAUGAACUAACCAAUUUUUGUCCACAAAAACUGGUUGUCCUUGAUCUAUCAAAUAGUGAGAUUACAGAAAAAUGGAUGGGUUGGAACUACAUCAAGAUGGCAGUAAAUCUGAAAGUUCUAAGUCUCUCAUCUUGUUAUCUACUAUCUAGUACUCCUGAUGUUUCAGCAAACCAACAGUUGGAGGUAUUGAUUCUUACAGAGUCUGAAAAUUUGGUUUGGAUCGACACAUCUAUUGGUUAUCUCAGGAACUUAGUCACAUUAGAUAUGGGUGACUGUCGGAGUCUAGUGGAUCUCCCAAUUGAAAUUUGUCAAUUGAUUUAUCUCAAAACACUUGAUUUACGGCGGUGCACAAGUCUAAAUAAGCUGCCGGAGAAAUUGGACCGCAUAACCUCCUUGACAACACUUUGUGUAAGUGGUUGUAAUAAACUUGAAUCGCUUCCAAAUCUUCCUUCUAGUUUAGAAUAUUUUGAUGCUUCUGAUUGUGUGUUGAUAAGAUCACUCCCAAUGCUUUCAUGCGUAAAAAAUCUACAAAACCUGUCCCUUCGAGGAUGGAAGAAGCUUCAUCACAUCUCAAGUCUUCCCUCAAGUUUGACCAGCCUUGAUAUUAGUCGCUGCUCUUCAAUUAGAGACAUAUCAGGUCUUUCCUCCACAAGUUUGACCAGCCUUGAUGCCAGUGAAUGCUCCUCAAUUCAAGACAUCUCAGGUCUUCCCUCAAGUUUGACCAGCCUGAAUCUUAGAAAGUGUACUUCAAUUCGAGACAUAUCAGGCCUUUCCUCCACAAGUUUGACCAGCCUUGAUGCCAGUGAAUGCUCCUCAAUUCAAGACAUCACAGGUCUUCCCUCAAGUUUGACCAGCCUUAAUCUUAGGAAGUGUACUUCAAUCAGAGAAAUCUCAAAUCUUCCCAGCACAAGUUUGACCAGCCUUGAUGCCAGUGAAUGCUCCUCAAUUCAAAACAUCUCAGGUGGUUUUCCAUCAAGUUUGAUCUGCCUUAAUCUUAGGAGGUGUACUUCAAUUCGAGACAUAUCAGGUCUUUCCUCCACAAGUUUGACCAGCCUUGAUGCCAGUGAAUGCUCCUCAAUUCAAAACAUCUCAGCUCUUCCAUCAAGUUUGAUCAGCCUUAAUAUUAGGAGGUGCAUUUCAAUUACAUGCAUCUCAGAUCUUUCCUCCACAAGUUUGACUAGCCUUGAUGUCAGUGAAUGCUCCUUAAUUCGAGACAUCCCUGGUCUUCCCUCAAGUUUGACAAGCCUUGAUCUUAAGGAAUGCACUUCAAUUCUACGCAUCUCCGGUCUUCCCUCAAGUUUGACCAGCCUUGAUGCUAGACAUUGCAAGUCAAUGGUAAAACUAUCAUGUACAUCAUCAGGAGGAGGCUUGAGAAAUUUAAAGACAUUAAUUCUUAAUCAAUGCAGCAGCCUAGAAGAAAUUGAAGGUGUUGACUAUAAAUUGGGCUCCCUGGAGAUCUUCGGAAUUGAGUUGUGCAAAUCAUUAAAAAAAGUAAAACUGACAGGCUUGAAAAAGCUAGUGACUUUUCGUUUCAAUAAGAACGACCUCAUGUCCGAUUUUGAAGGGGAAGGGAUGGACUCUCUGGAGAUAUUGGACAUUGAGAAUUGCAAAUCAAUAAGAAAAAUACCAUAUCUGCCAGAUUCGAAAAGGCUGUGGAUGCUAAAAAUCGAUAAUUGUCCGAAAUUAACCGAGAUUGAGCGCCUUGAGGACUAUGAAUGCUUAAAACAUUUAUCAAUUCAUGGGCCCACAUCAUUAAAAACAAUACCGGAUAUCUCAGCCCUAAAGAACUUGGAGUGUUUUACAAUCAGGGAGUGCCACUUGAUUGAACGAUUACCUGAUCUGUCAAACUUAAACAAGUUGAGUCACCUAUAUAUUUGUCCUGGCAGUGACAGAUUGGCAAGAUUACCGGAUCUUUUCAACUUAAAAAACCUCAAGUUUCUAGGUAUUGACGACUGCAAGAAUGUAGCCGAGAUUCAUGGUAUUGACAGAUUGGAAACCUUAGCGAGUUUGAGAAUUAUCGGCUGCGAGUCCUUGGCAAGAUUGCCGGAUCUUUCAAUGUUAAAAAACUUGAAGUGGCUAACGAUUAGAGGUUGCAAGAAUCUAGCCGAGAUACUUGGUAUUGACAGAAUGGAAAUCUUAGAGAAGUUGUCUAUUUUCGGCUGCGAGUCGUUGAAAAGAUUACCGGAUCUGUCAAACUUAAAAAACUUGAAGUAUCUAACCAUUCAAGACUGCAAGAAUCUAGCCGAGAUUCAUGGUAUUGACAGCAGAUUGGAAAUUUUACAGAAUUUGAAAAUUAGUGGCUGCGAGUUCUUGGAAAGAUUACCGGAUCUUUCAAACUUACAAAACUUGGAGUUUCUAGAGAUUGAAGGCUGCAAGAAUCUAGCCGAGAUUCAUGGUUUUGGCAGAUUGGAAAACUUAAAGAAAUUGAAAAUUAGUGGCUGUGAGUCCUUGGCAAGAUUACCGGAUUUUUCAAGCUUAAAAAACUUAACUCAUCUAGAGAUUAGAGGUUGCAAGAAUCUAAGCGAGAUUCAUGGUGUUGACAGAUUGGAAUUCUUGAACCAUUUGGAUAUUAUAGGCUGUGAUUCCUUGGAAAGAUUACCGGAUCUUGAAAACUUAAAAAACUUGUAG